UCGAGACAGGAAGUAAAAAGAAAACACAAGGAGACUGAAGGGGCGGUCCAAGAGUUUAACUGAAACAACUCUGUAGUGUUUGAAUAAAACAUCAAAUAACUUCAGGCGGUGACAGUUUAAGACAAACAAAUUGUUUAAAUACCUUCUAGGUGCAUUGUGGUCUUUCCGGUCGGGAUAAUCGACGGGUUAAACGCUGUUAGGCGAUGUUCAUCCAUUAAUGGGAAUUUUCACGAAUCUUACCUUUAAUUUAACUUUAAUUCGUCUGAGUGCAAUAAGACACAACAACAAGAUAAUCAUGGCAAGACGGCUUCAUGCAAGCAGAACAGAAGGAGUGGACAAAAACGUUUGGGUUGAAUUCACGAAGCUGGCAGCCGACUACAAAGCAGUGAACCUGGGUCAGGGGUUUCCUGACUUCUCCCCUCCAAAGUUUGUGCAGGAGGCGUUCUGCAGCGCUGUGAGUGGAGGACCCCUGAUGCACCAGUACACCCGAGCGUUUGGUCACCCACCUCUUGUAAAAAACAUGGCUAAAUUCUUCAGUAGGGUUGUGGGACAUGAGAUUGAUCCGUUUGAGGAUAUCCUGGUCACAGUUGGAGCGUAUCAGGCUCUCUUCAGUGCAUUUCAAGCUCUCAUUGAUGAAGGAGAUGAGGUCAUAAUUGUCGAGCCGUUCUUCGACUGCUACCAGCCGAUGGUGAAGAUGGCGGGAGGGAAGGCAGUGUAUGUUCCUUUAAGGCCGAAAGUUGAGAGCGGUGCCGUCCUGACAAGUGGAGACUGGGUUCUCUCUCCUGAGGAGCUGUCCAGUAAAAUCACUCCUCGCACGAAAGCCAUCGUUAUCAACACUCCCAACAACCCGUUAGGCAAAGUUUAUAAGACUGAGGAGCUCCAGAUGAUCGCUGAUCUGUGCAUCAAACAUGACAUGCUGUGCAUCAGUGAUGAGGUGUACGAGUGGCUGACUUAUGAUGGAGCAAAGCAUGUGAAGAUUGCAAGCCUGCCUGGGAUGUGGGAGCGAACCAUCACCAUCGGCAGUGGUGGAAAGACCUUCAGUGCUACUGGCUGGAAGGUUGGCUGGGCCAUCAGCUCUGGACAUAUCAUUAAACACAUGAAAAUCAUUCAUCAGAACACCGUUUACCACUGUGCCACAGCUGCUCAGGAGGCAGUAGCUCAGGGGUUUGAGAGAGAGUAUGAGGUGUUUGGUACUCCAGAGAGCUACUUCAAACAGCUGCCUGCGAUGCUGCAACACAAGAGAAACAAGCUGGCCUCAUGUCUGCAGAGUGUGGGUCUGCAGCCCAUCAUGCCUGAGGGAGGAUACUUUAUGAUCGCAGACAUCUCCUCUGUCAACGUGGACUUAAAUGACGAGAGCACAGGGGAGGAACUCUAUGACUUCAGAUUUGUUAAAUGGCUGACUAAAGAGAAGGGUUUAGCAACCAUCCCCGUCUCUGCAUUUUACAGUCCAGAGCACGGCAAGGAGUUUGACAAGUACAUCAGAUUCUGUUUUGUGAAGGAGGACUCCACUCUGGAUGCAGCAGCAGACAUCUUGAAAAAAUGGAGUCAGGGGUAGUGGAAAUAAACUGUGAAGAAGUGUUAACCGUCCAUAAAGUUUUCAACAUCCUGCUCAAGCUGUCACUGGUCCCGUCCUCAGAAAAGAAAGAGCCAUAUUUAAUGUUUCCCUGUGAAAAAUAUGAGAACACGACGUCCACUUUCAGUUUGUCCAUACAGCAAAACACUGUGAAAAUCCUUGUGCAAUGAUUUAAAAGAUAUUUUAAAUAACAAAUAAUAAUCAAAUGGAUGUAUUUAACUUUGUGACCUAAAUCAUGUUCUACUCCUGAGAUAUUUUUCCUGAAACAAAGUAGUAUAAAUUUAUUAAAGAUUUUAAGAACUCGA